CUUACUCGUAGCAGAGCUGUUGGAACCUCGACCUUAACAACUGAACUUUACCAACGUCAGACCGUACAAUGGACGUUACUCGAACAACAGGGGAAAAUAAAAGUAAGCAAGGUGCCUUUACAAGCAACAAUCGAGGAUCUGAGAUACCACUUUUCCUCUUAUGGAAAAGUUAUUGAAGUAAAAAUUGACGAAGAGGAGGGAAAGCCCACUGGCAUGGCCUUUAUUACUUUCAAACCCCCCUAUGACUCGGUAAUCUCGAUAAUCAAGUGGCAAAACAAAGGUGACACGCUUCCUGCCGAGUCACUCGAGAUAGGCGUAUAUUCACAGCCAAAUACUUUUGUUCCAGAGUGGAAUGCGAAAACUAACGUGUCCUUCUCGCUUGAUUACAAAAGAAAGAUGAUAAUCAUUGAGUUCAAGUUUCAAAAUAACCUUUACAAAGUUGAAAAUCUAUUUCAAUAUGUCGAAGGCGAGUUCUAUAUCGAAUUAGAUGUGGAGCAUGAUUCCCGGGCGCGAAUCACUUUCGCCACAAAAUAUCCUGGAAAAUACUGGAUAUUGGAUGAAAAAACAAAGACUAACGACAAAUUUUACUGGUCAGUUAACGAGAUGUGGAAGAGGAGAAUAGAUUUGUUUAAUAGAAGGGAUAAUCUGAGAAUGCGGCCGCUUGAACCGUCGUUUACUGAUGGUACCGAGCAUUUUGGGAAAUGGGUCGUAUAUAGAAUCACAUUCUUGCUUGAUUGUAUCGAAGGAAAGUUAACAAGAUUCAAAGAGGUAGUAAGCCAUGCCGGCGAGUAUAAUCUGGCUGAAAAGCAAAUUGAUCUUGGCAAAAAGCCACUCAAUGUUGGGCGACCUUGUACGAAAUAUGUCGAACGCAGGGAUUUAGAUUUCGAAGUUUUAUACAUGGUGGAAUGUUGUGUUACGCAUAAUUAUCUGCAUGAUUACAAUCUGAAUCGACAAUUUUUCGAGGAUUUGAAAAAAUUAUCUAAAGACAGAGCUGUCGAAAUCAUGAAAACAUUCUUUACCUCUAAAACUCGUAACUUUAAUCCAUUGUCUGAGCUCACGGAACUCAAGAAGAAUGUAAAAGGAGAAAACGUGAAGCCACCUGAAUAUUGUGUAUUGAUGAGAAAAGUUGUCAUCACUCCAACAACAAUGUAUCUUUUGCUGCCGACUAUAGAAACUUCAAAUCGCGUUAUACGUCUUUUCAUGGACCACAAAGAUCGUUUUCUUCGUGUUCAAUUCACUGAUGAAGGAUCCAGUCCUAUAAGUUCAACUGUCGGCUCAAGCCACGACGCGAUAUAUAAUCGUAUCUUUCGCACUCUGCAAUAUGGAAUUAAAAUAGGAAAUCGACAUUACGAGUUUUUGGCGUUCUCCUCCAGUCAACUAAGAGAACAUAGUUGCUGGUUCUUCGCAUCUUCAGACACUUUGACAGCCGCCAAUAUUAGAGAGCGGAUGGGUUAUUUUACUGAUAACGUUGUAGCGAAAUACGCAGCACGCAUGGGACAAUGCUUUUCAAGCACUCGUGCUAUUGUUAGUUUACCUGUCAACGAUAUAAAACUCAUUGAUGAUAUCAAGCGAAAUGGGUAUACAUUUUCGGAUGGUAUCGGGAAGAUUUCACCUAAUUUAGCGAGACAAAUUGCCGAAAAAAUGAAACUUCGUUCUACUCCUUCGGCCGUUCAAUUUAGAUUGGGCGGUUAUAAAGGUGUCUUGUGUGUAUCUCGACAUCUGAAAGAAAAUCAAAUUCAAGUUCGGCCUAGUCAACGAAAAUUUGAGUCUCCUGACUGUGAACUUGAGAUCAUCAAAGGAUCGACCUUUAUUCCAGCUUACCUUAAUCGGCAAGCAAUUACAUUGCUUUCAGCAUUGGGAGUUCCCGAUGAAAUAUUCACCGAAAUGAAAGAUGAGCAGGUGAAAGAGCUUGAAAAAAUGCUGUCAAGUGAUAACACCGCGAUGAAGGUUUUACUUCAUAAUAUUGAUGAACAUGGAAUUACGCGCAUUAUGGCCGAUCUCGUUAAAGCCGGAUUUUUAUACCAACGAGAUCCGUUUAUCUUGAAUUUGAUAGCGUUAUUCCGUAUUAUGAUGCUUAAAAACUUAAAGGAUAAAGCAAAGAUUUCCGUACGUAAAGGUGCCUUUUUAUUGGGCGUAAUAGAUGAGACGGAAUCUCUCAAAGAGGACCAGAUCUACGUUUGCAGAUCUGAUGUUAAUAAUACGAGUCAUAAAGAAGUAAUUGAGGGACCUUGUAUCGUCUAUCGAAAUCCUUGUUUCCAUCCUGGUGACAUACGUAUGGUAACGGCAGUCAACUGUCCAAAGUUAGAUUAUUUGGUAGACGUCGUUGUUUUCCCGUCGCUCGGAUAUCGCGAUAUUCCUAAUCAAUGUAGUGGUGGUGAUUUAGAUGGAGACGAUUAUACGAUAAUCUGGGACGAAAGACUUUUUCCAAAAGUGAAGAAUUAUACACCAAUGGAGUAUCAAGCUCCAGAACCCGUCGUAGUUCCCCAAGUAAAGAUCGAACACAUACGAAAAUUCUUCGUCAACUAUAUCCUUAAUGACAACCUAGGACAGAUUGCCAACGCUCAUUUGGCUAAAGCGGAUUUUUAUGAAACUGGUGCAUUCCAUGGCAGUUGCUUACGUCUUGCUCAAUUACAUUCUGAAGCUGUAGAUUUUCCCAAAACAGGACGACCUGCUAAGUUCCCUAGUGAACUUCGCGUAAAAGUGGUACCAGAUUUUAUGGAUAAGGGACACAAGCAAACUUAUAUUUCUAAAAAGAUUCUCGGGAAAUUGUAUCGAUCGAUACAAAUAAACGAAUUCAAUCCUUCCACUGAUAUUAAACUUGAUGAUAGACUGUUGAAUGUGGAAGGGUACGAGAAGUUUCUGGAUGAUGCUCGUGUUCAGAAAAGGAAAUAUGAUUCUUGUGUUCGGGGACUUAUGAAUCAAUAUGGGAUUGAGUCUGAAUAUGAGGUGGUCACGGGAUUCAUCGUCAACCCCGUCACUAAAAAUGAGAGGAAGAAACUUAGAGAAAUUUCCAAAUCGGUUAUGGACGCAAUAACGGGAAUAAGGCAUAAAUUUCAAGCGAUCUUCGAAAGAGAAUUUAACACCGAAGGCCCAAACCAGGCUUCUUAUGAUACCAAAAAGUCAAUGCACGCAAAGGCUUGUGCUUGGUAUUACGUCACUUAUUUCCCAAGUGAACUGGGAGAUAAUCUAGCAGAACAUAUGCUUUCAUUUCCAUGGUGUGUCCAUGAUCUGCUUUGUGAAAUCGCCACCAAGAAUACGAGUCGUUCGAAAUCAUCAAUCGAGGAACUACUCAAUAGUAAAAAUAACGAGAAUAAGCUUUCUGCUCCUCCCAGAACACAAAAACCACCAUCACGAUCAUCUAAAAAACCAAUCUGGCAUGAAGUGCCUCAAUAUCAUGGUAUGAUGGACUUAAUGAAUUCAAAUGACGAGGACGGGGGAAUCGGAAAGCUUCAUGAGGCUGUUAUUCAGUCUAAGUUUACUAAUUAG